AUGCUGACCGCUAGAGGAGUGGUUGUUGAUUGGGAAUGCUUCAGGAGGGUGUUCUUGGAGAAGUACUUCCCCGAGAGCGUGAGACAUGCCAAGGAAGCUGAGUUCAUGCGGUUGCACCUGGGAGGGAUGACACUGAAGAGGGUGGUGAUGCCUAUGGCUAUCACUGAGUUUCCGACCUUAGUGAAGAAGGGGAAGGUUGUUGAGCGGUUGGAAGGUCGCAACCGUGUGACUAAGACUGCUGAGGGACCAUCUGGAGGAGGGAGACAGGGUGGAGGUGCCACUCUUAGAUGUUACAGGUGUGCUAGACCCCAUUUGGUGAGGGAUUGUCCACACACUAAGACCUGGUGUUUCAAGUGCCAUCAGAUGGGUCAUGAGUCGACCCACUGUCCCACCAGAAAUGGACCAGAGAGGGGUGAUGCUCAGAAGAGUGGUGCUCAGAGGAGUGGUGCUCAGAGAGGCGAUGCUCAAAGGGGUGACAGAUCCACUACUACUGGCAGAGUAUUCGCUUUGGCUGGGGCUGAAGCUUCUACUUACUCAGAUCUUUUGAAGGGGAAGGGUAGAGCUGCUGGUAAGGAUGUGAUGAUUCUUUUCGACUCUGGUGCUUCUCAUUCGUUUAUAUCUUAUGCUUGUGCUGCUAUAUUGGGUGUGCCGGUGCGGAUUGUGGUGUUGGAAGCUAGUGAAGUCUCCUUCUCCGUUCUGAUUCUCCACUCGUUCUUCUUCUCCUUUUCUUCUCCGUUGAGCUUGUCUCCUUCCCGGAAGCUCGGAUCUUCGUACCUAGGUUUUGGGCAAGAUUUUCGAACUUGGUGA